AUGUGGGUUUGACUUCAGGGUUCAUGUCCUGGAGAGGUUGGUCUAUGUUCUGUUUUGACAUUAGACAUUCUCAAAACAAUGAGGAAUCUAUCAGAGGUGACUCAGUUUAUCCUGAUGGGCAUCCCGCAAACAGAGGGACUAGAGACCAUGCUCUUUAGCCUUUUUUUAACUUUCUACAUCUUCACCUUGCUAGGGAAUCUGCUCAUACUUUUUGCAAUUGCCUCCUCCACACGGCUUCACACUCCCAUGUACUUCUUCCUCUGCCAGCUGUCUGUGUGUGACAUAUUUUUCCCUUCAGUGACUUCUCCCAAGAUGCUGUUCUACCUCUCAGGAAACAGUCGAGCCAUUUCCUAUGUAGGCUGUGUGUGCCAACUCUUCUUCUACCAUUUUCUGGGUUGUACUGAAGGUUUUCUGUACACAGUGAUGGCCUAUGACCGCUUUGUAGCUAUAUGUCACCCUCUAAGGUACAGAAUAAUUAUGAACAACAGAGUAUGUGCCAUUCUUGCUAUCGGGACAUCAUUUUUUGCCUGCAUUCAGGCUACAUUUUUAACCACUAUCACUUUCCAGUUGCCCUACUGUGGUCCUAAUGAGGUGGCCUAUUCUUUCUGUGAUAUGUUAGUGUUGUUGAAGCUGGCUUGUGUAGACACAUCAGCCCAGGAAAUGGUGGGUUUCAUCAAUGUUGGCCUCAUGCCCCUUGGCUGCUUCUUACUCAUCCUUACCUCCUACAGCUAUAUAGUCUAUUCAAUCUUGAAGAUCCACUCAGCUGAAGGUAGACACAAAGCCUUUACUACCUGCAGUGCCCACCUCACUGCUGUCCUGCUUUACUUUAUGCCAGUUGUCCUCAUAUACCUAAGGCCAACCACAAGCCCUUGUUUAGAUGCAGCCAUUCAAAUUUUUAACAACUUGGUUAUCCCCAUGCUGAAUCCUUUGAUCUAUAGUUUGAGGAAUAAGGAAGUAAAAGGUUCUCUGAAGAAAAUGUUUCAUUCAUUGAUCACAAUUAAGACUAUCUAA